AUGACGAUGAUGUCGGCGGCGCAGGCGGCGACGUCGCAGCUGCCGCCGGGGUUCCGGUUCCACCCAACGGACGACGAGCUCAUCCUGCACUACCUCCGCAACCGCGCCGCGUCGGCGCCGUGCCCCGUCCCCAUCAUCGCCGACGUCGACAUCUACAAGUUCGACCCAUGGGACCUCCCGGCCAAGGCGCUGUACGGCGACGGCCAGUACUACUUCUUCAGCCCACGGGACCGCAAGUACCCGAACGGCAUCCGCCCCAACCGCGCCGCGGGGUCCGGCUACUGGAAGGCCACCGGCACCGACAAGGCCAUCCACGACGCCGCCACCGGCGAGGCCGUCGGCGUCAAGAAGGCGCUCGUCUUCUACGAGGGCCGCCCGCCUAGGGGCUCCAAGACCAACUGGAUCAUGCACGAAUACCGCCUCGCCUCCGCCGGCGGCUCCACCAGCCCCCUCGCCGCCGCCUAUCGUCCGCCUUCCAAGUUCAGGAACGUCUCCAUGAGGCUGGACGACUGGGUGCUGUGCCGGAUCUACGAGAAGUCCAGCCAGGCGUCGCCGAUGGUGCCGCCGCUCGCCGACUACGAGCACCUGGACCACGACGAGCCUUCUCCCGGCGGCUGCUUAGACGACUUCUGCACCAGCUUCUACGCCACGCCGGCCAUCGGCGGCGGCGGUGCUGCUGCUAGUAGUACUACGACUACUGCUACGCCCGUCAUGCAGCACCAGCAGCCUGCCGUGGCGGCGCUGCCGAGGCUCCCCAAGAUACCCUCCAUCUCCGAGCUGUCGUUGUUGGACGAGUACACGCUCGCGCAGAUCUUGGACGGCCCGGCCGAGAUAGCCGACCACCACUCCCCGCUCCCCGUGCACCCCUCCCUCAACCAGCUACUGGCCGUCGGCGGCGACGGCUCCGACCUCAUGGUCUACUCGACGCCCCCGGCCGCCGCGGCUGGCGGGAAGCGCAAGGCGAUGAUGAUGAUGAGCCCGGACGAAUGCGCCGCCGGGAUGAUGAUCACCACUGCUGCUGCUGGCCUCCACCACCACCACCACUCUCCAGCGGCCAAGAGGCUCAACGGCGGCUCCUGUCUCGACGCGCCGCAGCCGGCCAGCCGCUUGCCGGCCACGACGUCGUCCGUGCUCGGCGGCGGCCUCAACCAUCACAUGCUUCCUCAGUUCUAG